CAGCAUGGAGACUCCGAACGCCAAGUUUGAGGGGAAAAACUGGAUUUAAUUCAUUCUCCGCGGAGCAGCAGCGAGGAGCGAUGAAGCGGGAUUUGUUGCUCUUUGUUUUCGGGUGUUUUGAGCUCCCGUGGAUCGUGGACUGUUUCUCCGUGCAUGUGAGUGAGGAUGCGGGACCGGGCACCGCGAUUGCCGAGCUGCAGCGGGGCUCCUGCGCGCUGGACCAGCUCCUCCUGCCGCGCUUCGCGGAGAGUUUCCUGCGCCCGGACGCGGGUGUGCUGACUCUCUCGAACGCUCCGAACUGUGAUUCGGUUCUUUUGAACCCGUUCAGCGUGUACGCGGUCGAGGACUGUACGGACGCGUCGGGUUUCAGACACCUUGUUACCAGCCGGUAUGAUGUGCACGUUCAUGGAAAGAACUGCGCGAGCACGCGCAAAUGGGAAAACAAGUUGGAUGUGGAGAUCAUUAGUUUGACGGAGACUUCAGAGUGCCGCGAGGCGCACAGCGUAGUUUUCCCGGUGUUUGAUGUGUUACCGGAGAACCCGACGCGCUGCAAUGUGACCGGGACUUCAGCGUUUUACUUGUCCGACGGAUCUCUGUUUACUUCCACUCGGCUCUGUUUCACCCGCGACUCUUUGCUGGAGUUUCAGCUGCGCUGCUGGGGGCGCGCGGGUGCUGCGCAUGCGCACUGGCGUGUGGGCCGCGGCCGGUUCACACAAACUCACCUGAGCAAGAUACUCAGACAGGCCGCGCGCUCGAACUCUGGGCUGCUGAGCAGGAGGAGGAGGAACGUCAACAAUAACCCUCAGUUUCACCCUCCGAUGUAUCAGGUGUCUGUUUCAGAGAAUCAGCCAGCUGGGACUUUUGUUGUUGUUUUAAAAGCAGUUGACCCGGAUGAGGGUGAAGCCGGUCGGCUGGAAUAUGUCUUAGAGGCCCUGUUUGAUAGUCGAUCCAACAAUCUCUUUGCUGUUGACCCAGCAAGUGGAGUCGUUUCCACUGUGGAGAUAUUAGACAGAGAAACAAAAGACACACAUGUGUUCAGGGUCACGGCAGUGGAUCAUGGAACGCCACGACGUACGGCUAUGGCCACCCUCACCGUAACAGUCAGCGACACAAAUGAUCACGACCCUGCCUUUGAGCAACAGGACUAUAAAGAGAGCGUACGAGAAAACCUGGAGAUCGGUUAUGAGGUCCUGACUGUACGUGCAACAGAUGGCGAUGCUCCCAUCAACGGAAACAUCCUGUAUCAUUUGCUGAACAGCAACGGGACUAAUGACGUGUUUGAGAUUGAUUCCCGCUCUGGUGUCAUACGUACACGUGGUGUGGUGGACCGUGAAACUGUCGAAUCCUACAUGCUGAUGGUUGAAGCGAAUGAUCAGGGACGAGAUCCAGGCCCUCGCAGCGCUACAGCAACCGUCCACAUCGUUGUGGAGGAUGAUAAUGACAAUGCACCACAGUUUAGUGAGAAACGCUACAUCGUUCAGGUUCCCGAAGACCUGACACCUAACACAGAGAUCCUUCAAGUAACAGCGACUGACCAGGACCGCGGAAAUAACGCCGUGGUUCAUUUCAGCAUCAUGAGCGGGAACACGAGGGGUCAGUUCUACAUCGACGCUCAGACAGGUAAACUGGACCUGGUGAGCCAGCUGGAUUAUGAGAUGAAUAAAGAGUAUACGCUUCGCAUUCGCGCACAAGAUGGCGGGCGGCCUCCACUCUCCAAUAUCAGCGGCCUCGUCACAGUGCAGGUGCUGGACAUUAAUGACAACGCACCGAUAUUUGUCAGCACUCCGUUCCAGGCGACGGUGCUGGAGAACGUUCCUGUAGGAUAUUCUGUCAUCCACAUUCAGGCCGUAGACGCGGACGCUGGAGAUAAUUCACGUUUGGAAUAUCGCCUCACAGAGACCACGGCCAACUUCCCAUUUACCAUCAACAACAGCACCGGCUGGAUAGUCGUAGCCGCAGAACUGGACAGAGAAUCUGUGGACUUUUAUAACUUUGGAGUGGAAGCGCGAGACCAUGGAGCGCCAGCCAUGUCUUCAUCCGCUAGCAUUAGCAUGACCAUUCUAGACGUCAAUGACAACAACCCUGAGUUCACACAGAAGGCCUACUAUAUGCGUCUAAACGAAGAUGCCACCGUCGGAACGAGUGUGGUCACAGUGUCCGCAGUCGAUCAGGAUAUCAACAGCGUGGUGACGUAUCAGAUCUCCAGCGGGAACACCAGAAACCGCUUCUCCAUCACCAGUCAGAGCGGCGGAGGCCUGAUUACACUCGCUCUACCGCUGGACUACAAGCUGGAGAGACAGUACGUCCUCACAGUCACCGCGUCUGACGGCACACGCUUCGACACAGCUAAAGUAUACGUAAACGUCACAGACGCCAACACACACAGACCGGUCUUCCAGAGCUCGCAUUACACCGUUAACAUAAACGAGGACCGACCUGUGGGCACUACAGUCGUGAUGAUCAGCGCCACAGAUGAGGAUACGGGCGAGAAUGCCCGAAUUACCUACAUCAUGGAUGACAGCAUCCCACAGUUCGACAUCGACGCAGAUAGUGGUGCCGUGACCACACAGAUGGAGCUAGACUACGAGGAUCAAGUCUCCUACACGCUUGCCAUCACAGCUCGAGACAAUGGCAUCCCGCAGAAAUCUGACACCACCUACUUGGAGAUCCUAGUGAACGAUGUUAACGAUAACUCGCCAGUCUUCCAGCGUGACCGCUACUUGGGCUCCAUCAUGGAGGACAUCCCCGUGUACACCAGUGUCCUGCAGGUCUCUGCAACUGACCGCGACUCCAGCCUUAAUGGACGCAUCUUCUACACUUUCCAGGGUGGAGAAGAUGGCGACGGUGACUUCAUCAUCGAAUCCACCUCAGGGAUCGUACGAACUCUGCGCCGUCUCGAUCGAGAAAAUACUGCGAUCUAUAACCUGCAAGCCUUCGCCGUGGAUAAAGGAGUUCCUGCGCUCAAGACUGCUGUUGAUAUGCAGGUGACGAUUUUAGAUGUGAACGAUAACCCGCCUGUGUUCGAGAAAGAUGAGUUCGAUAUCUUUGUGGAGGAGAACAGUCCCAUCGGGCUCGUGGUGGCCCACAUAUCUGCGUCAGACCCAGACGAAGGCAGCAAUGCUCAAAUCAUGUACCAGAUCGUGGAAGGCAACAUCCCCGAGGUCUUCCAGCUAGAUAUUUUUUCUGGAGAACUCACGGCUCUUACUGACCUCGACUACGAGACUCGUGCGGAGUAUGUGAUUGUAGUUCAAGCUACGUCUGCUCCGCUAGUCAGCAGAGCCACGGUACACAUCAAACUCAUCGAUAAAAACGACAACGUCCCAGUCCUCAAGAACUUCCAGAUUAUCUUUAACAAUUACGUGACGGAUAAGACCAACAGUUUCCCUUCAGGAGUGAUCGGGCGUAUCCCGGCGCAGGACCCCGACGUGUCCGAUCAGCUCCACUACAGUUUCGAAGCCGGAAAUGAACUCAAACUGGUGAUUCUGAACCAGAGCACCGGCGAGAUCCGACUCAGCAGAGCCUUGGACAACAACAGACCCCUGGAGGCGUCCAUGAAGAUCUCCGUCUCUGAUGGCGUGCACUCGGUGUCGGCUCAGUGUCUGCUGCAGGUCACCGUCAUCACAGAUGAGAUGCUCUCCAACAGCAUCACGCUGCGAUUGGCCAACGCGUCUCAGGAGCGCUUCCUCUCGCUGCUAUUGGCUCAGUUCCUGGAGGGCGUGGCCAGCGUGCUGUCGGCGUCCCGUGAGGAUGUGGUGGUCUUCAACAUUCAGGAUGACACAGACGUGAGCGCCGGCAUCCUGAACGUCAGCCUGUCGGUGGCGCUGCCUGGUCAGGGCUCACGGGGCCGCGGGGUCAGUCAGGGGUCAGAGGUGGAGUUUUUUGGCUCAGAGGAGCUACAGGAGCGGCUGUACCUGAACCGCAGUUUGCUGGCGCAGAUCUCCUCGCAGGAGGUGCUUCCGUUCGAUGACAACAUCUGUCUGCGCGAGCCCUGCGAGAACUACAUGAAGUGUGUGUCCGUGCUGAAGUUCGACAGCCUGGCGCCCUUCGUGGCGUCUGACACCAUCUUGUUCCGGCCCAUACACCCGAUCGCGGGCCUGCGCUGCCGCUGUCCGCUCGGCUUCACCGGAGACUACUGCGAGACGGAGAUCGACCUGUGCUACUCCAGACCCUGCGGAGCCCACGGAGUCUGCCGCAGCCACGAGGGCGGAUACACCUGCCACUGCAUGCAGGACUACACAGGUGAGCGGUGUGAGAUCUCCUCGCGCUCGGGCCGCUGUGCUGAAGGUGUGUGUAAGAACGGCGGGACAUGUCUGAAUCUGCUGGUGGGCGGCUUCAGGUGUGAGUGUCCAUCCGGGGGCUUCGAGAAGCCCUUCUGCCUGCUGAGCUCCAGAAACUUCCCUCCGCAGACCUUCAUCACCUUCAAGGGGCUCCGGCAGCGCUUCCACUUCACACUCUCGCUGUCGUUUGCGACUCGCGAACCUAAUGGUCUGCUGCUGUAUAACGGACGCUUUAACGAGAAACAUGACUUUAUCGCCAUGGAGAUCGUUAACCAGCAGAUCCAGCUCACCUUCUCCGCAGGAGAGACAAAGACCACAGUUACGCCUUAUAUCGAAGGCGGAGUCAGCGACGGACACUGGCACACUGCACACGUGCACUACUACAACAAGCCGGUGCUGAACCGCGCAGGUCUUCCUCAGGGGCCGUCGGAUCAGAAGGUUGUCGUGGUAACGGUUGACGACUGUGACACAUCUGUCGCUCUGCGCUUUGGUCAUGUGGUGGGAAACUACUCCUGCUCCGCCCAGGGCAGCCAAUCAGGAUCCAAGAAGUCUCUGGAUCUGACGGGUCCUCUGCUGCUCGGAGGCGUCCCCAAACUGCCUGAAGAAUUCCCCGUGCAGAACCGGCAGUUCAUUGGCUGCAUGAAGGACCUGCGCAUCGACGAGCGACUUGUCGACAUGGCAGGAUUCAUCGCUAAUAACGGAACGCUACCCGGAUGCUCUGCGAAGCGUCAUUUUUGCAAUAAUAACCCGUGUCUGAACGGCGGCAGCUGCGUCAGUCUGUGGGGGUCGUUCCGCUGCGACUGCGCUGGGUUUGGAGGACGCAACUGUGAGAAAGUGAUGUCGAACCCACUGCGGCUCCAGGGUAAGGGUCUGCUAUGGUGGGCUGAUCUGGCUUCGGUGCUGACUCUUCCCUGGCAGAUGGAGUUCAUGUUUCGCACACGACAGCCGACGGCCACAGUGAUGCACAUGAGCUCAGGACAGCAGCACAACUUCACCAUACAGUCAGCUGAGAGAGGGUUCGUGGUGACGUCGGUCCAGCGUGGCGAGGACUCGGUCGUGUCUCGUGUUGAUGAUGUCACAGUGAGCGAUGGCCAAUGGCAUCACGUAUCUCUGGAGCUCAAAGGAGCAACGACAGGCAGCGUCACGGCAACACUGAGCCUCGACUACGGCCUCUACACGUCCUCUAUGGAGCUGGACUCGAAGCUGAAGGGUGUAAAACUGAAGACUCUAAGCGUCGGCGGCGUCUCUGACAGCAGGAAUCAUGUGAUUGGUGGAUUCAGAGGAUGCAUUCAGGGCUUGCGUAUUGGCGGCGACUCCUCGACUCCUGUGUUUCCCAGCAUGCCUCAGGCUCGUUUGCUGAACGUGGAGUCAGGCUGCAGUCUGCCGAACACCUGCGGAUCGAACCCAUGUCCGGCUCACAGCGACUGCAGAGACGACUGGGACGCGCAUACCUGCAGAUGCCACACCGGUUACUAUGGCAACAGCUGUACUGACGCCUGCGCGCUGAACCCCUGCGAGCAUCAAUCAGCAUGCAGCAGGAGGUCAAGCUCCGCCCACGGAUACACCUGCAGUUGUCCUAGCAACUAUUUCGGCCAGUACUGCGAAAAAAAGACAGAUUUGCCGUGUCCGCGUGGCUGGUGGGGCGAAAAGUCGUGUGGUCCAUGUAACUGUGACACCGCUAAAGGAUUCGACGCAGACUGUAACAAAACCAAUGGAGCCUGUCGCUGCAAGGACAAUCACUUCCGUCCGCCGUCGAGCGACGCGUGUGUGUUGUGUGAUUGUUACGCGGUGGGUUCUCUGUCGCGUGUGUGUGAUCGUGCCAUGGGUCAGUGUCAGUGUAAGCCGGGUGUUAUCGGGCGUCAGUGUGACCGCUGUGAUAACCCCUUCGCUGAGGUCUCUUCCAGCGGCUGUGAAGUGAUCUACGACAGCUGUCCUCAAGCUAUCGAAGCCGGAAUCUGGUGGCCGCGGACCAAGUUCGGUUUACCGGCCGCCGUCGCCUGUCCUAAAGGAUCUUUCGGAACUGCGAUCCGUCACUGUGAUGAACACAAGGGCUGGUUGUCGGCGAAUCUCUUCAACUGCACGUCUGUGAGCUUCAGCAAACUGAAGACACUGUCGGAGCGUUUGGUGCGAAACGCAUCUCUGAUGGACUCUGCUAACGUUCAGCAGACGGCGGCGCUGCUGUUUAACGCCACGAAGAACACGAAGGAGUUUUACGGCAGCGAUGUGAAGAUCGCAUUUCACCUGCUACGCGCAAUACUGCGACACGAGAGCCAGCAGCAGGGCUUCAAUCUCACCGCCACACAGGACGUGCUCUUCAACGAGCACCUGAUGCACGUGGGCAGUGCCAUCCUGAGGGCGGAGACACGCGGGCACUGGCAGACCAUCCAGCAGACGGAGAGCGGCACCGACACACUGCUGCGCCAGUUCGAGGAGUACACACACACACUCGCACAGAACAUGAGGAGGACAUACCUCAACCCCUUCACCAUCGUCACGCCCAGCAUCGUGAUCUCCAUUGACCGUCUGGAGAAGAUGAAUUUCGCGGGGGCGAAGCUGCCACGCUAUCAGUCUCUGCGCGGGCCACGCCCACAAGACCUGGAGACCGCUGUCACUCUGCCAGACUCCGUCUUCAGCCCCGCCCCCGAGGGCAAAGGUCAUCGGCACCACAGUGAGCCAAUCACAGAGCCCGGCAGAAACCACACGGCCAAUCGGAAGAGGCGUCACCCGGACGAGCGGCAGCAGGACGCCAUCGCUAGCAUCAUCAUUUUCCACACGCUAGCGGCGCUGCUGCCGGAGAGAUACGACACCGACAAGAGGAGCCUCAGGGUCCCCAAGCGGCCCGUCAUCAACACUCCUGUGGUCAGCAUAACUGUUCAUGAUAACGAGGAGCUGCUGCAGCACACUCUGGAUAAACCAAUCACAGUGCAGUUCCGGCUGGUGACCACCGAGGAGCGCUCUAAACCCAUCUGUGUGUUCUGGAACCACUCAAUAGUGGCGGCUGGUCCGGGCGGCUGGUCCUCUAAGGGCUGUGAGGUGGUCUUCAGGAACAGCACACACAUCAGCUGCCAGUGUUACCACAUGACGAGCUUCGCUGUGCUCAUGGACAUCUCCCGCAGAGAGAACGGAGAGAUCCUGCCGGUGAAGCUGGUGACAUGGAGUUCGGUGGGAGCGACGCUGUUCUUCCUCCUCCUCACCAUCGUCUUCCUCUCCUGCCUGCGCGCCGCGAACAGCAACAAGACCAGCAUCGCCAAAAACGGCUCCUCGGCGCUCCUCAUCGCUCUCCUCGUCUUCAUCCUGGGCAUCAGUCAGGCCGACAACCCGUUCGUGUGUACGCUGAUGGCCAUCCUGCUGCACUUCUUCUGGCUCUGCGUGUUCUCCUGGCUCUUCCUGGAGGGUCUGCAUGUGUACCGGAUGCUGAGCGAGCUGCGCGACAUCAACUACGGCCCCAUGCGGUUCUACUACCUGAUUGGCUGGGGGGUCCCAGCCUUUAUCACAGGGCUGGCGGUGGGACUGGAUCCAGAGGGUUACGGGAACCCGGACUUCUGCUGGCUCUCGCUCUACGACACCCUCAUCUGGAGCUUUGCGGGACCCAUCGCGUUUGUGGUGUCCAUGAACGUGUUCCUGUACAUCAUGGCAUCGAGAGCGUCGUGUUCACUCCGACAGAAGAGCUGCGAGAAGAGAGACGUGCCGGCGGCAGGUCUGCGGGCGGCGUGUACGGUGUUGUUCCUGGUGACGGUGACGUGUCUCCUGGCGCUGCUGUCGGUCAACAGUGACAUCAUUCUGUUCCACUAUUUGUUUGCAGGAUUCAGCUGCGUUCAGGGUGUGUUUAUCUUCUUCCUCCGCGUGGUGUUUAAUCAGGAAGCUCGAGAUGCCAUGCGCUACUGCUGCAGCGGGAAACGGCCAGAUCACAUGAUCAAAUCCAAACCCUCUGCGUUCGUCUGCAGCAGUGAUUAUGUGGACGGUGGUCUGUAUCAUCUGCCCUUCACUGAGUCCAGUGUGUCUCUGAACGGCACACAGAGCAGCAAAACACACCAGAACUACAUGCCCUUCAGCCUGCGAGGAGACGACAUGAACAGCAGCCACCUGAGUCUGAGUGAACACAACACACUGUUCAAAGACAAAGAGCAGAUGGAUGAUCAAGACUCAGACUCGGACAGUGAUCUCUCGGAGCUGGAGGACGAUCAGAGCGGCUCGUAUGCAUCCACACACUCCUCCGACAGUGAAGAAGAAGAGGGAGCCUUUCAGGAGGAAUGCUGGGAGAAUCUGGCAACCAGCGGCUCCGGCAAACCUCACGGUGUGUGUGAGAGUGAGACCGGAGCCACAGAUGAGACUGUGGACAAAGCAGAGAAUCCUGGGACGGAGAACCUGCUGCUGCUGCUGCCCAGUCUGCCACACACACAACCACACAAAGGAAUCCUGAAGAAGAAGCAGCUGUCGCCGAUCGCCGAAAGAAACGCCAUCAACCGCAUUCACAACCAGUUGUCAGGAGACUCCGCCUCCUCACGAGGCCCCUCCUCCAAUGAGGACAGAAGGGGGUGCGGAGUGAGGAGGAGUCAUGUGAACGGGGCGUCGGUGAGCGGACCAAUGAAAACACUCGACAACGACUCGUCUGAAUCUGAGUGA